AUUUAAUCUCUCAACGAUAGAAAAAACCGGAGCAAAUAAAGAGAAAAAGAGGAAGAACAGUUGCAUAGGAAGCCUCUCUUUUAAGCACUUGCGUCUCUCAUGAGAUUCUCUCUACUCAGAAAUGCAGAGAGGGCUCAACGGAGCUUCGUGUUCAGAGAGAAAGAACCAAUUCCUGGCUUUGUGUUCGCAAACGACGGGGAAAAGAAGUUGAGAGGGAAAGUUCUUCAUCAACUGUCGUGAUCGUAAAACUACUAAGAUCAUGAACUCCACUUCGACCCAUUUCAUGUCCACGAGAAGGAUAGCAAUGUACGAGCCAAUUAACCAAAUGGGGAUGUGGGAGGACAACUUCAAACAUAGUUGUACCCCUAAUAUCCCUCCCGCUUCUCUUGUUGUGGAAGCACAGACAAACUUGGACAAUCAGUCUGAGGAUACAUCUCACGGAACGAUGGCAACUCCUAUCGACAGGUACGACCAAGAGGCAUCGACGAGAAGUUUCAAUAAGACCCAAAGACGUCUUGCGCAGAACCGAGAGGCAGCACGUAAAAGCCGUUUGCGCAAAAAGGCCUACGUACAGCAGCUCGAAGCGAGUCGUAUAAAGCUUAUGCAGCUAGAGCAAGAGUUUAAACGAGCUAGACAGCAGGGUCUGUACAUUGGUGGAGUUGAUCCUGCAAAUCUCACCUUCCCGGCACCCGUAAACUCUGGAAUCGCAGUUUUUGAGAUAGAAUACGGGCACUGGGUAGAUGAACAGAAUAGGCAGAUAUGUGAGCUGAGGAAUGCUCUGAAUGCACACUUGAAUGAAGUGGAGCUUCGGGUGCUCGUAGAGAACGGUAUGAAGCAUUACUUCGAACUUUUCCAAAUGAAAGCGGUCGCUGCAAAAGCCGACGUGUCCUAUAUUAUCUGCGGGUUGUGGAAGACUUCGUCCGAGCGCUUCUUCCUCUGGAUCGGAGGAUUUCGCCCCUCGGAGCUUCUCAAGGUUCUCGUGCCUCAGCUCCAUCCCCUAGCGGACCAGCAAUUUUUCGAUGCGUGUAACUUGAGGCAGUCGUGCCAACAGGCCGAGGACGCUCUCUCCCAGGGCAUGGACAAGCUGCAGCAAACCCUAGCAGAGACUGUAGCCUUCGGCCAGAUGAGUGAUAGAGCAUCAGUCGAGAAGUUGGAAGCUUUGAUCAGCUUUGUAAAUCAGGCUGAUCAUCUUCGGCAGGAGACUUUGCUGCAAAUGUCCCGAAUCCUAACAACCCAACAAGCAGCUCAGGGGCUUCUGGCACUGGGGGAGUACUUCCAAAGACUCCGGACUUUAAGUUCUCUUUGGGUAGCUCACCGACGUGAACCCGCUUAACAAAGAGCCUCGGAGCAGAACAUUGUUAUGAGAUAACAUCAUCAGUUCCUGGCUAAACGCCAUCAAAAUAAGCAGCUCUAUCUUAUCCUUCUGUGAUUGCAGCUGCAGACAUCUUAUUACAGAGUUUGGGCUGCAGAUAUUUUUGAGGUGGCCUCCGAAGAUUGAACCUGUAAAUAUUGGGAUAGCAAUUCGCUCGGUGAGGUGGCUAUUUUUCGGCUUAGUUUCGCUGUUGCAGUAGAUUUUGUUUCGGAAUAUGUCCUUUCGAGUUACCAGUGGUCCAUAGGUUCAUGUUUUUGUCACGGAGUGUUCAGACAUUGUGUAAAUAUGACUAUUGCUGGUAAAGUUUUCAAGGUUAUUAUUGACAAUUGAAUUUGGUGCUUUUAUUUUUCAGUU